UUUCUCCCCGGCAGAACACGCACGCACACAUAUGCACACAUACACUCACGUGCGCGCGUUCACACACAGGGGCACUGGCAUCAGCCUGGCUGGCUCAGCCGCGCCCCCACCCCGCCGAGCUCUGCGUUCAGCACAGAGGCAGCGCCAUCCACCCACGUGCUGGGGGCGGGGUCCCGGCAGCCCAGGACUCGGCACCUCCGGGAGGGUCCUGUCCAGCCACCUAGCAGGGGUAGGGUGGGGGGAUAGGGUACUUGGGUACCUCUGCAGAAAGCACCGCAGAACCUCGACGCCAUGUUCCCGGAACCCCCGACCCUGGGGUCUCCAGCGCCUGAGACACCUCCAGACUCCAGCCGCAUUAGGCAGGCCACAGUUCCUGCCUGGGUCCUGGCAGCCAUCGUGCUGGGCUCAAGCCUCCUGGUCUUCAGCAGCUGUUUCUGUCUCUACCGGAAGCGCUGUCGGAGGCGGAUGGGCAAGAAGAGCCAAGCCCAAACCCAAGUCCAUUUUCAGGAAGUGAAGGAGCUGGGUCGGAGUUACAUAGAUAAGGUUCAGCCUGAAAUAGAGGAGCUGGAUCCCUCACCAUCCAUGCCAGGACAGCAGGUAACAGACAAGCACCAGCUAGGACGACUGCAGUAUUCACUGGAUUAUGACUUCCAGACUGGUCAGCUCCUGGUGGGCAUCUUGCAAGCGGAGGGACUGGCGGCCUUGGACCUAGGAGGUUCCUCGGACCCCUAUGUUAGUGUCUAUCUGCUGCCAGACAAGCGGAGACGACAUGAGACCAAGGUGCAUCGGCAGACCCUGAAUCCACACUUUGGGGAGACAUUUGCCUUCAAGGUCCCCUACGUGGAACUAGGAGGCAGAGUGCUGGUCAUGGCGGUGUAUGACUUCGAUCGCUUCUCCCGCAAUGAUGCCAUCGGGGAGGUGCGGGUACCCAUGAGUUCAGUGAACCUGGGGCGGCCAGUACAGGCCUGGCGAGAGCUACAGGUGGCUCCCAAAGAGGAGCAGGAGAAACUGGGGGACAUCUGCUUCUCUCUCCGCUACGUCCCCACCGCCGGAAAGCUCACUGUCAUUGUCCUGGAAGCGAAAAACCUUAAGAAGAUGGAUGUGGGAGGACUGUCAGAUCCCUACGUCAAGGUGCAUCUGCUUCAGGGAGGCAAAAAGGUCCGGAAGAAGAAAACCACCAUUAAAAAGAACACUCUGAACCCCUAUUACAAUGAGGCCUUCAGCUUUGAGGUGCCCUGCGACCAAGUGCAGAAAGUCCACGUGGAGCUGACUGUUUUGGACUAUGACAAACUGGGCAAGAAUGAGGCCAUUGGGAGAGUGGCAGUGGGUGCAGCCAUAGGUGGGGCUGGCCUUAGGCACUGGGCUGACAUGUUAGCCAACCCCAGGCGGCCCAUUGCCCAGUGGCACUCACUACGGCCUCCCGACCGAGCCAGGCCAAUGCCUGCACCCUGAUUCCCAUCAGGCAAGCGCCUGACUCCAUAUCCCUUCUCCCAGCCCCUUAUACCACUCCCCAUGCCCUACCUCCUACUUUCCAAACAUCGAAUUCAUUCCUACCUCCACAUUGGCGAGGUUUCCAACUUCCAGCACCACUCCCAUACCCUGAGACCACGGUGAUCCUGUGGGGAGGUGGGAAAGUCUGGCAUCCUCUAUCCCAGGGUCCUACCCUCUGCUUUGACAAUCAGCUGUGAAGCCUGUUAUCUCAUUUCUCCCAGUAUCUUAACUUUUCCCACACAGCUUGACUCCUGUACUGCUUCUGGGGCCAAAUAAAUACUCAACAGCUUGGA